AAAAGUCACAGAAAACAAAGAUUUAAGCAGAGAGGAUAUGGAUCUGUUCAGGCCAACCAGGCAGCUGUUAAGGAAGAUCACUUAGCAGGAUUAAAUGCGCCUAAAUUGACACAUUAAUACUCAUAAUUAUGUCUGACAUACAGGCCAACCAAAGGAAACCAUCCACCAACAAGAACAUCAGGAAGCUGCGCACUAUUAGCAAGGUGUGCAGCCUGACGGGCAGCUGGCAGCAGUGGGUGACGGAGAACGAGAGGAAGCAGGCCAGUGAACCCAGCGGCUGGGCUCCAUCUUCGCUGGGAGGACCAGUGGGAGAACCCAAAAAGACAUGGGAACCUAAGAAGCCUCCUCCCAUUCAGAUCCAACCAACAGACGCUUCUCAAAAUCACAUAAUCAGAUCUGGAGAGGCUCAAAAGACAUUAGCUCCUCACAAGGAGACCAACGAUGCCACCAAGACUGAGGAGGUCAAGACCCCAGCUGAGCCACCAUCUCGCAUCAAAGUAAAGCAAGGGGUAAAUCCGGUGACCAGCGGGCUUCAGGAGAAAAGUGCUGGCAUCGGGCUCGUGACCGAGAGGAUCAAGAAGAAAUCUCUGCCAUCGGAUGAGGAGAUUGACCGGCUUCUGAAAAAGAAAAGCUCGCCUACACGCCGCAGAAAAUGCUCCAACAUGGUAUCAUCUCUGACCAAAAGCUGGAAGCAGGUGGAGAAAGAGCAGAAGCUUGAAAAAGAGGCAGGAGGACAAGGAGAGGGACGCAGCUGUGGUGGUGAGGAAGACGACAGUGGACGCCAUGAGGCAGAGAAGGAGAGGCUGGACACAGAGGAUGCUCAAACACACAGGACAAGCUUUUUGAAAGAAUCCGAGCAAAACGACUCUGAUGGAGAGUCUGAGUCAGCAUUGAGGAUUAAAAGACCCCCGGUCCCAACGUACAAAAAGGAAACUUCAGAUGCCAACAAGAUCAACGCCCUCUCCAAGAAAUACAGCACUGUGGGAAACCUCAAGAGCCGCUGGCAGAACUGGGCCUCAGAGCACAACGUUAACCAGAAACUGAACCCCUUCAGUGAAUAUUUCGACUAUGAUUACUCCAUGUCCCUACGCCUCCAAAAGGGCGAAGAGGGUUACGGUCGCCCCAAGGAGGGAACCAAAACAGCAGAGAGAGCCAAACGUGCUGAGCAACACAUCCACCGUGAGAUAGCCGACAUGUGUUAUGUGAUCAGGACUAUGGCUGAUCCAGAUCCAGACGGAGAGAUCCGCGUCACGUUUGGACAGCUGUUUGACAGAUAUGUUCGGAUCUCUGAUAAGGUGGUGGGGAUUCUGAUGAGAGCCAGGAAACACGGGAAGGUGGCGUUUGAAGGGGAGAUGCUGUGGCAAGGCCAGGAUGAUGAAGUGAUCAUUACUCUGCUGGUGUGAUGUUAACAACUAGGUCAAAGUUGUAAUAGAAAUCCUCUUACAACUACUUGUGAAUUAACCUCUAAGAGCAGGAUUUAAAAUACAAUUUGACCUGGGUCUACUUAGUGGACACUUGUAGAACAAUAUCAAAGGAAUAUGGAGAUGGUGUGGAGUGGGAUUAUCCAAAGACUAUGUUGCUGCUAUUAUUGUAUUCUUUCUUUCUGUGUGGUGGAUAUUUGAGUUGUAGCUGUCAUGCACAUGUUUUGAGAAAUCUGCUAUCUUUGAAGUUCUAGAUUUUGGCUGCUUAAGUUUCCAUUCAGUGUUGGUUCUCAUGCAUGUCUGCUUUGUAAUUUCUUUAUGGUUUAUAGUAUGUUAAUGAGCAGUGUUGGGAGUAAUGUAUGGCGUUACAAAAGUAACGCAAUUACAGUAAU